AUGGGAGAACAACAAACAAUUACAGAAGAUGAGGCUGCGCUUUAUGAUCGCCAAAUUCGACUUUGGGGCCUUGACGCCCAAAGAAGGUUGCGUGCAUCAAGAGUGCUUUUGAUAGGAAUGCGAGGUUUAGGUGCAGAAGUAGCCAAGAACAUUGUGUUAUCUGGAAUCAAGUCCCUUACUAUGCUGGAUGACACAGAGGUAACAGAAGAAGAUUCCUGCUCACAGUUCCUGCUGCCCAGGUCAGAUGUUGGUAAAAAUAGGGCUGUUUGUUCACUGGAGCGAACCCAGCAGCUCAACCCAAUGGUUACAGUGACCGCUGACUCAGGAAGAGUUGCUGACAAAGAUAGUGACUUCUUCACUCAGUUUGAUGUGGUGUGUGCUACGUGUUGUGGUCCCUCCCAACUUGAACGCAUCAACAAAAUUUGUGCUGACAAUGGAAUUAAGUUCUAUGCAGGAGAUGUAUUUGGUUACUAUGGCUACAUGUUCUCGGACCUUGGUGAUCAUGAAUAUGCAGAGGAAAUCCCUAAGAAGCCAGCAAAGAAGGAAGAGGGUGGGGAUGGUGAGCCAGCUGCUAAGAAAAGUAAAUCUGAGGAGCCAGAAACAGUUGUAGUGAAAAAGGAGGUGGUCACUUGGAGAGUGAAUGUGACCGGACCCAUGAUCAAAGAGAGGGCGUUAAAAUUUGUCGAGGACUUAAAAAAUGACACAUUUCUGUCUUGUCUUAUGGAGAUUGACGAUCUGAUAGCAAAUGAAUUUUUUUUCAGAUUCAUGGAGAAGUUUGGAAGACGACCUGCUGUGAAAUCACAUGAUCAUGAUGUGGAAAAACUGACAGCUUUGAGAUCUGAAACAAUGGAGGAUCUGAAAGUUGGAACAAAAACAGUACCAGAGGAUUUCACAAGCCACUGUUUUUCUGAGCUCAGUCCAGUCUGCGCUGUGGUUGGGGGAAUCCUUGGACAGGAAAUCAUCAAGGCUGUCUCACACAAAGAUAAACCUCACAACAACUUCUUUUUCUACAAUGGUGUGGAAGGCAGUGGACUGGUGGACCAGAUCGGAGCAGCAACUUCCUGAUGUCAGACUUCAAAAGCUUUGAAUGACGCAUAAUUUUUCAUUAUGGAUGGGAGAUCAUUUAUGUUUUAACAUGGGAUUUUCAGCAGUACAUGAACAUAGUUUUAGUGGGAAAGUGAAAAAUAGAUUGAGAUAUAAACAUGGUCAGGGAGGACAAUGAUUAUGAUAUAGACAUGGUUAGGGAGGAUAGUGAUUAUGAUACAGACAUGGUUAGGGAGGAUAGUGACUGAUAUAGACAUGGUUAGGGAGGAUAGUGAUUAUGAUAUAGACAUAGUUAGGGAGGAUAGUGAUUAUGAUAUAGACAUAGUUAGGGAGGAUAGUGAUUAUGAUAUAGACAUGGUUAGGGAGGAUAGUGAUUAUGAUAUAGACAUGGUUAGGCAGUGAUUAUGAUAUAAACAUGGUUAGGGAGGAUAGUGAUUAUGAUAUAGACAUGGUUAGGGAGGAUAGUGAUUAUGAUAUAGACAUGGUUAGGGAGGAUAGUGAUUAUGAUAUAGACAUGGUUAGGGAGGAUAGUGAUUAUGAUAUAGACAUGGUUAGGGAGGAUAGUGAUUAUGAUAUAGACAUGGUUAGGGAGUGAUUAUGAUAUAGACAUGGUUAGGGAGGAUAGUGAUUAUGAUAUAGACAUAGUUAGGGAGGAUAGUGACUGAUAUAGACAUAGUUAGGGAGGAUAGUGAUUAUGAUAUAGACAUGGUUAGGGAGGAUAGUGAUUAUGAUAUAGACAUAGUUAGGGAGGAUAGUGAUUAUGAUAUAGACAUGGUUAGGGAGGAUAGUGAUUAUGAUAUAGACAUGGUUAGGGAGGAUAGUGAUUAUGAUAUAGACAUGGUUAGGGAGGAUAGUGAUUAUGAUAUAGACAUGGUUAGGGAGGAUAGUGAUUAUGAUAUAGACAUGGUUAGGCAGUGAUUAUGAUAUAGACAUGGUUAGGGAGGAUAGUGAUUAUGAUAUAGACAUGGUUAGGGAGGAUAGUGAUUAUGAUAUAGACAUGGUUAGGGAGGAUAGUGAUUAUGAUAUAGACAUGGUUAG